UGUGGCAUGGUUGGUUGUGGUGCUGCUGUUAUUGGGGCCAACAUUUUCAUCAGCACCGGUACCGGGGAUUUGAAGAGCACCGGAAAACGCGGCAGAAUGUUGAGACAAAGCAGUAAUCCACAAGGCUGUGAAUGAAAUAUGGAGGGGGCAGAGCAAAGUGAACCAAGACAAGGUGUGUGGACUUUACAUUGAAUUGUUUCAUUUGAAGGUGGGUGUCUUAAAAUACACGUGUUCGACGCUUUGCUCAAGUGGGGUUGUUGUGAUUUUCAUUUUUCUGAUUUUGUUGUUUGGCUCAGGUGGGUGUCUUAAAAUACACGACAGGGAUUUUU